AAUGAGUAUGCCUUAUCAAUAAACAGGAAAUCAAUUAGAUUAUUAAGAAGUAAAAUAAACCAAGGCUGAUUUAAAAGCAGAAGUACACUUAAUAGGAUAAAUUGUGGGUGGACUUGAUUUUCAAACAGAUGAUGGACUCUUUUGUGAAUUAGCUAUAGAUUGUGGUGAUGGAUGGGAUUUAUUACAACCAGGAAACAAUAAAGGAAUACAAACUUAAACAAGUUAUGCAAAUGUAAAAAUAUCAAAUAAAUAAUUCAAAUAGCCAGGACAACUUUUUUCAUGGGGUCAUCCAUUUGACUUACACUUUUCAGUAUCUAAUAUAAUUGGAUGGCCUAAAGCUUUAUUAAAAGUUUGGAGAUUAGAUUCAUCAAAUAAAAUUGAUGCUUGUAGUUAUGGUACAGCAAUUUUUCCAAGAAGUGCUGGUUAUCAUUAAAUAACAUGGUAUAAAUAAUAAAUCUAUUUAGUGAAACAUGGACACCAACUGGAGAGAAUUUAGAUCUUGAAAUAAGAAAACCUAAUGAAGAUUUAGCUACUAAUACAGAUUAAUUCUCAAAAUUUGAUAGAUCUUUGGAUUGGAGAUUUCAAGCCCUAUCAUUUUAUAUGGAAAACCCUCCUAGAUUAACAACAUUGGCACCAUUAACAACUGAUAAAGGAGAUUUUGCAAGGAGAAAGAUUUUGAAUAGUAUUUCAAAUGGAAGAAUUAUCAUUGAAGUUGAAGUCAUCCUAAAGAAUUUUAAAAGACUGAGCUUUUCAGGAUAAUGAA